CUUUUUUCCUCUGAGCCAACGGGUAAAGAUACGUUGUUCUCCGGGCUGGAGGUCAGGAGGCCUUUGUGAAUGUCAUCUGCCCCGCUUUUUUGGUGCAGAAAGGGCCUCUUUGUUGCUACUUCUACUGCUUCGUCCGCUGCACCACGGCCGCCCUCUUGUUGUCCCUUCUCUCAAGCCGCUCUACGCGCCUAUCACUCGUCUUCGAUCUCCCUUGUCUCCUCCCGAAUUCCGUAUACUAUCCGGUCCUCCGCCGCUCAUCUAGCUGUUGUGUCGAGCGCUACAACUCUUCUCUCUGACCCUCCAGUGACGCAGCUGCGUAAGGAUCUCGCGCGGCAGCCAGCCUCACAGCCAGCCGGCGACUCUUCUCUCCAGGCUUCUGCUUUUGUCAGACAAUUUUCUGCACUUGUUCCGUGCUUUGAUUCUCGCUCCCGUCAUAGCUGUCUCUUCUCUGGAGCCUCUCCCACAUAUUCGGCCAUGGACAUGAACGGUACAAAGCGGAAACGCAGUUCUGUUGCCUCUGCCUCGGAGCGUCCGGUGAAACAUGUCAGACCCGAGGAUUCUGCGGCGCAUAUACCAGAGGAUGCGGCAACGUCAAAUGGAGCUGACUACGAUCUAGAGGGCAAUGAAGACGCAGGCUGUCUGUUGCCUGUUGGCACCACCUCCGACUCACCUGAGUGGCAGGCCACUCUGGAGACCGUGGUGAAGAGUGUGGUGUCUAUCCAUUUUUGUCAGACCUGCUCCUUUGACACGGAUUUGUCCAUGUGCAGUCAGGCUACAGGUUUCGUGGUUGACGCGGAGCGGGGCUAUAUCUUGACGAAUCGUCAUGUCGUCUGCGCCGGCCCGUUUUGGGGUUAUUGUGUUUUUGAUAAUCAUGAGGAAUGUGAUGUCCGCCCCGUGUACCGAGAUCCCGUGCACGACUUUGGCUUCCUCAAGUUUGAUCCUGCGGCCAUUCGGUACAUGAAAUUGACCGAACUCAAACUCCAACCGGAUGCUGCUCGUGUGGGCACCGAAAUUCGAGUGGUAGGUAACGAUGCUGGAGAGAAACUGAGCAUUUUGUCGGGUGUAAUCAGUAGGCUAGACAGGAAUGCACCAGAGUACGGCGACGGAUAUAGCGACUUCAACACGAAUUACAUCCAAGCCGCUGCAGCAGCCAGUGGUGGCAGUUCGGGAAGUCCUGUGGUCAAUGUUGGAGGUUAUGCGAUUGCUCUCCAGGCUGGCGGCCGAGCUGAUGGCGCUGCUACGGAUUACUUCUUACCUCUGGACCGCCCUCUUCGAGCAUUAGAUUGUAUCCGCCGGGGCGAACCAGUUACCCGGGGCACCAUACAGACCCAGUGGUUACUGAAACCAUUUGACGAAUGUCGCCGUCUUGGACUGACACCGGAAUGGGAGGCGACCGUUCGCGAGAAAGCCCCCAAGGAGACCGGUUUGCUUGUGGCCGACAUCAUCCUUCCAGAAGGACCCGCUGAUGGAAAGCUGCAAGAAGGGGAUGUCCUUCUGCAGGUUAAUGGGGAACUGCUUACGCAAUUUGUGAGGCUAGACGAUAUCCUCGACUCAAGUGUUGGGCAGACUGUUCGACUACUGGUCCUAAGAGGAGGUCAAGACGUUGAGGUCGAUUGCCAGGUGGGUGACCUUCAUGCCAUUACUCCAGAUCGCUUUGUUAUGGUGGCCGGGGGAACAUUCCACAAUCUGUCAUAUCAGCAGGCCAGGUUGUAUGCCAUCGCCACGCGUGGUGUUUACCUCUGCGAGGCUGCCGGCUCAUUCAAACUGGAAAACACAAUCUCUGGGUGGAUCAUCGAUACGGUCGAUAAACGGCCGACUCGGGAUCUAGAUGAAUUCGUCGAAGUGAUGAAGACGAUACCUGAUCGCUCUAGGAUCGUAGUUACAUACCGACAUAUCAGGGAUCUUCACACCCGAGGCACUAGCAUUGUAUAUAUCGAUCGCCACUGGCAUUCAAAGAUGCGCUUGGCCGUCCGGAAUGACGACACCGGUCUUUGGGACUUUUCUGAUAUUGGUGAACCCAUCCGGGCCGAACCCCCGGUUCCCAGGAAGGCCGAUUUCAUUCAACUAGACGGUGUGAGCCAGCCCGCCGCCGCGGAAAUUGUUCGCAGCUUUGUACGGGUAUCUUGUAUCAUGCCGUUGAAGCUCGAUGGAUUUCCGCAAGCAAAGAAGACUGGUUUUGGCUUAGUGAUCAAUGCUGAAAGAGGUCUGGUUAUCGUGUCAAGAGCGAUUGUGCCUUACGACCUGUGCGAUAUUAGCGUUACUGUGGCCGACUCGGUGAUUGUGGAUGCCAAGGUCGUGUUCAUGCAUCCCCUCCAGAACUACACCAUCAUUCAGUAUGACUCCAGUCUCGUGCAGGCUCCGGUCAAGAGCGCCAGGCUUAGUACGGAAACCAUUAAGCAGGGACAAGAUACCCUUUUUGUCGGGUUCAACCAGAAUCUCCGGAUAGUGGUGGCCAAGACCGCCGUCACUGAUAUCACCACGGUGUCUAUUCCAGCAAACGCUGCGGCGCCACGAUACCGUGCAAUCAAUCUGGAUGCCAUCACCGUGGAUACUGGGCUUAGUGGACAGUGUACGAAUGGUGUUCUGAUCGGCGAGGACGGUAUCGUACAAGCUCUAUGGCUGAACUAUCUUGGUGAGCGAACCGCAAGCGGUCACAAGGAUAUCGAGUACCAUCUCGGCUUUGCUACUCCAUCACUGCUGCCUGUAGUCUCCAAAAUCCAGGAAGGGAUCAUCCCUAAUCUGCGGAUUCUGAACUUGGAGAGCUACGUUGUCCAGAUGAGCCAGGCUCGGAUCAUGGGCGUGUCGGAUGAGUGGAUCCAGAAGGUAGCUGAGGCUAAUCCGUCACGGCACCAGCUCUUCAUGGUACGGAAAGUCGAUUGUCCACCGCCAUCCUUUACGUCUGAGGUAGACGGUCUGAAGGACGGCGAUAUUAUCCUAACCCUGGACGGUCAGCUUAUCACCCGCGUCUCUGAGCUGGACGUUAUGUAUGAGAAGGAGAUGCUUGAUGCGCUGAUUGUGCGUAACGGGCAGGAGAUGCGCGUCCAGGUGCCAACGGUACCUACUGAGGAUUUGGAGACGGACCAUGCAGUUGUUUUCUGCGGUGCAGUGUUGCAAAAACCGCAUCACGCCGUCAGGCAGCAAAUUUCCAAACUCCACAGCGAGGUCUACGUUAGCGCUAGGGGACGCGGAUCACCUGCCUACCAGUACGGGUUGUCACCAACCAACUUUAUCACUGCAGUAAAUGGCGUUUCCACGCCUGAUCUUAGUAGCUUUGUGAAAGAAGUCAGCAAGAUCCCUGACAACACAUACUUCCGAUUGCGCGCCGUCACAUUUGACAACGUGCCAUGGGUUGUAACAAUGAAAAAGAAUGAUCACUACUUCCCCAUGUCAGAAUACAUCAAGGACCCAUCAACACCCGCAGGAUGGAGAACGAUCUCCUAUGAUAAGGCCGGGUCUGCAUCGGACGGCGUUCCUGACCCCGACGCGAUGCAGGAGGGUUACGAGGGCGGAAGCGAUAUCGAGCCGGACCUGGAUGAUUAAAGAUAGACACUAGACAGUGCCGACUUCUUGUUAUUAUUACUGAUACGACUUGCGUUGUACUUUAUGACAAUGGAAAUAAAAAUGUGGAUGGGAUAUGGUAAGAUAGGAUAAGAUAAGAUAGAAUAUAGAGCAUCCAUUAUCUAGACCUGCAUUUACCAUUCAUCGAGUGCGUUUCUG